GCGUUUGCCUGCUUUGAUGUGAUGUCAUUUCACGUAAUGCAACUGAGAUUUUCUGACAAGAAMAUGAAAWUUCGAAAAAAUAWAAACGGRAACAAAACGCGCGGCAGUGAGGAGAAUGGUACCUAGCCUACCCGUCAUGCACCRCAAGCCAMUWWUUUCCAAGAUGGCGAACAAACGYAUAGUAUAUGUCGGUGGGUUAGCAGAAGAAGUGGACGAAAAGGUUCUUCAUGCAGCUUUUAUACCGUUUGGAGACAUUACAGAUGUUCAGAUACCUAUGGACUACACGACACAGAAACAUCGUGGCUUUGGGUUUGUAGAAUUCGAGUUUGCUGAGGAUGCAGCGGCAGCCAUUGACAACAUGAAUGAAUCAGAGUUAUUCGGUCGUACAGUCCGGGUAAAUAUCGCUAAACCCAUGAAGAUCAAAGAAGGAUAUAGUAGAGCUGUUUGGAGUGAAGACAGCUGGUUACAGAAAUAUGCUGGUCAGACUAACGAUGAGAAUAAAGAGAAUGGAGCAACCGAUCAAGCACAGGAGUCCAUGGAAACAGAACCGGCGCCMAAAAAGAAAGGAAAUCCACGUGUAUACUUCGAUAUCAAUAUUGGAGAUCGAAGUGCAGGCAGGAUUGUUAUGCUGCUACGUUCUGAUGUCGUYCCUAUGACGGCUGAAAACUUCCGUAGUUUGUGUACACAUGAUAAAGGAUUUGGAUACAAGGGAUGUACCUUCCAUCGUGUUAUACCUCAGUUUAUGCUGCAAGGAGGUGACUUCACCAAGCAUAAUGGUACUGGUGGAAAGUCCAUAUAUGGCUCCAAAUUUGAAGAUGAAAACUUUGUUCUUAAACACACUGGCCCUGGAAUGCUGUCUAUGGCAAACUCGGGUCCUAACACUAAUGGAUCUCAGUUUUUUAUUACUACUGAAAAGACUGAUUGGUUGGAUGGAAAACAUGUUGUAUUUGGUAGCGUCAUAGAUGGAAUGGAUGUUGUUAGAAAAAUAGAAGCUCUAGGCUCAAAAACUGGAAAGGUCUCUAAGAAAGUUGUUAUUGAUAAUUGUGGUGAACUGUCAUAAUUAACAUGUUUACUGAGACAUACAGUAUUUAACAUGAAAACACUUGUACAGGCAUUAUGGACAGACUGCGGUGUUAUAUGUAUUUCCAUAGUUAGGAUAGUUAUUUGUAGGUGUCAUUGUAAGCCUACCCUUCUCUUUUUGAUGCAAAGAUAUAAGCUGUAAUUUUAUGAAAAAGAGUUUUUCAAUUGUUCAAAASUAACAUUGAUACACAGGUCAAAGGGUAAUACUGUAUUGUAUGAGACUGGUUCCAAUCAUGACAGAGAUGUUAUGGAGUCAGUGUAAAUAGCAUUAUUGUUGUUGACCAAGGUAGUGUUGUAUUAGCUUUGAUAUUUUGUUUUCGAAUCUUUGAAACCAGGUGAAAUCCCUGUUGCAACAGGAUGAUAUGUAAAUCUGUCUUAUUUCAUUUCUAUAAAAAACCAUAGUUAUUUUCAGUGUU